ACAUAGUGCACAUCACGGUAGAGGACCAUGGUCAUUGGAUUUAAUGUAGGUUUAUACAAUGACCAUGGUGCAUAUGGAUUGCCAUUUCCAAUAGUUUAUGUUUAUUUCAUACAUUUGCCUUUGAAUAAUACAUACAUAUAUAUAUAUAUCUAUUUACGUAUGUACAAACAAGUCUCAAUAGUAGUACAAAUUGACUGUCGAUGCAACAAACGUCCAAUUUUUUUAUUACAAAAACAAUGGAGUCUUAUGAAUUAAAAGAUAAGGAUUAUAGAAGUUGGAAGCCCAGUUAUGGUGAAUUGCCAAUGGAGAUUAUUCAACACAUAUUUCGUUUCUUAAGCUUCCCAGAUGUACAGGUAGCCGGAAAAACUUGUCAGCGAUGGCGUGAAGCUUCAUUUAAUACUGAAUUUUCUACCAAAAAUAUAAUUCGAUUUUCAAAAGUUUGCCUUUCUGACAGAAGCUCCCCUGCUAAAGACUUUCUAAUGAGCAACAGACCUUUUCGCAAUUACCACUUUGAAGAAGUUACUUUUGGCCCGAUAAAAAACAUAAUGAGUCAUAUUGGAAAUACUGCAGAGGAAAUAAUAUUUGAUAAUGUUGAUGUAGGUGACAAACAGUUUUAUGCUAUAAUGAGCCUUUUGCCAAAAAUUCGUGCAAUAACUAUAACUCGUUGUUCGCCGCUUUUCAUGUCUGGUUCGUUUUUAGACAACAUUGAUGAUCGCUUGUCUGUCUGCAUAAAUUUUUGCAGAAUACAAGAUCUUUCCUUGAAGGAUAAUCAAUACUUAUCAGAUGCCAUUUUAUUACGCAUUACAGAAAUGAUGCACAGUAUUAAUACAUUGGAUUUAUCUGGAUGUCAUAUUGCAUAUCACAAUGCUAUUCAACGACGGUUUUAUCCCAACGAUGUAGACGUCACACCAAGUGAAUGUAUAUUGACGUUUAAGGUCAUUAUGAGUAUAAUAUCAAUGCAUCACCAAAAUUUACGUAGCUUAAAUCUUAGUAAUACAUUAAUAAGUCCUCCAUCCCUAAUUGCUUUAAGUGAUCUGAGUUUCAAAGGGUUCCUAUUACAAAAUGUGRGGCUUGCUAAUUGUAGGCAAGUAAACAAUAUAUCACUUCAGUCAUUUUUAAAAAAACAGAAUAAGCUAUUGACACUGGACUUGUCCGGCACCAUCUGCGUUAAUGAUAGUUGCAUAGAUGUAAUUGUAAAGAAUCUUCCAUUACUGCAAGAACUAAAUAUUUCCGGCUGCAUUAAUAUUACAAACAAUGGUUCAUCAUUGUUGGGUGAGCUUAAAUACCUAAAAUCUUUAAACGUGUCGCGAUGCGAUGGUAUACAAUCAGAAGGUCUUACCAAUGGGGUCGCAGCGAAACCAAAUGCAACACUUUUAUAUCUGCAAAUGGCUCAUUUGCAGGUAUGCGAAGAAGCUAUAAUGGUACUAGCGCAAAAUCUUCCAGAACUCCGUGUUUUGAAUCUAUCGCAUUGUGUGAAUGGUGUUACCGAUGAAUCAGUUCAAUGCAUUAUUCAAAACUUGCGUUGGUUAAGAGACUUAUCUUUGGAAAAUUGUUUUCGGAUUACAGAUGUAGCAUUGACAGGCAUUAAUAUUUCGCAAGGAGUUCUUGCGCCAAACUCACAGAAUUCAAUUGAUAAACUACAUCAAUUCUCACUUUCUUCUUUAGCUGAAGGAUAUAUUUCAAACGAUAGCAAUCAUUCAAUAAAGAUUUCGUUAAGGAGUAAAGCCGAAGAAGAUAUAGUUCGAGAUGCUAUAAGAAAAAAAGCUAUGGUUGCAACUUAUGAAAUGAACUCGAUUAGAGAAUGUGAUAUGGAGGGCUACAGUAUUAAAGAGCUCCAAGGACUAAAGUCUUUAUAUUUAGGCGGUUGCAAUAAAAUAUCAGAUGUUUCUUUAAAAUAUGGACUAAAAUUUGUGGAAUUACAAAAUUUAUCGCUUUCAAAUUGUCAACAAAUUUCGCUCACAGGUAUUGAGCAAAUGGUACAUGCUUGUCCUUCAAUAGAGACACUUGAUCUGUCUGAUUGCGAAAGUAUUAAUGACAAAGCUAUACAAUUGAUUACAGUUAAUCUUACUAGACUUCGAGCGUUGCAUAUCAAUGGAUGCAGCCAGCUAACUGAUCACACUUUAGACGCUAUUUUAGUAAACUGCAAAAAUCUUCAGACACUUUCAAUACAUCGCUGUCGACGUAUAUAUACUGAUAUUGAAGACAGACUUUCAGAGAUGUCUACAUUACGUGAUUUAGAAAUAGAUAAUUCAUCAAAUAUAGACAAUGCUUGCUUACUUCGAUUGAAAAAACGUCUUGAUUACUGAUACUUCGCAGUCAUUUCUUUUGAUUUGUUUUUGUAUUAUUUUCAGUUGAAUAAUAAUGUUUAAAAUGCGAAGGCAUUUUAAUAUAGCACGAUGUUAUAAGUAUUUAGAUGUAUGUAUUGAAGUUUUGUUAAAUUAGUACGUUUGAAAUAAAAUAUUUAAAACAUU